UUUAAGUUUAUGUGCAAUGUAGCGUGAGGAGAGAUUCGGCUGAGGGCGGCGUAGUUGCUGGAGCCCAAAGGCCGAGAGUCUUCCAUCACAGGGGAAUGCUAAGCGGCAGCGGCAGGAAAGGCCCAUACGCAAUUAUGUCAUGUAGCCACUUGUCGUAGCAGGCAAAACGAAAUUGACGGGAUGGACGGUCGGAGCCCUGCCUGUCUGCUCGUCCUGUGUGGGCUGCCGGCCGUGGGAAAGACGUCUCUGGCGCAGGCGGUGCUCGAUCACCUUGUACAAAGUGGUGCUCCUAUCAAGGCCUUUCAUGUUUGUUUUGACCACUACAUCAAUAAGGAACUGAUGGGAAACUCAGAACUAGAGCGGGCAGAAUUGAGCGGGGCUCCAGGACCAGGGCAGGUGGUGAUGGGGACUCUGGAACCAAAGAGGGGAGAACUGCGGGAAAGUCCGGAGGUAGAGCAGUUGACAUUGCAGGGGGCUUCCUUCAAAAUAGAACGGGGCGAUUCGAGGGUAUUUCCAGUCAAGCCUCUUCAGGGGGAUUGGAGGGAGACUCCGGAACUAGAGCGGGGGGAUACGGGGGAGACUUUGAAGCGAGAGUGGGCAGAACCAACGGGAAGUCCAGAACUAGAGUGGGCAGGCUUCAGUCCAGAGCUGUGGAAACGUGCGAGGCGGCUGGCUAUCCAGAAGGUUGAGGAACUGCUUAGAGAGGCGAACGAAAAAGAAGGCCCCCUCGCUCAACGGACGCUGGUCAUUGCGGACGACAACUUCCACCUCCGCAGCAUGCGACGGGAGCUCUAUGUGCUCGCGCGCACGCUUCGUGCGGCCAUCGUUUUCCUCUAUGCCACCACCGUGCUGGAAACGUCCCUCUCUCGCAACGCAUUGCGGCCUCCUGGGAAACAGGUCCCAAAAGAGUCCAUUUUGCGGAUGGCUGCGACGUUCGAGCCCCCUGGUCAGAGCGCAUUUCUUGUGGGGGGUUGUACCGGAACGUCUUCCAGAGUAUGUCAAUCGGAGGGGGCAGAGGUUCAUACUGAAGGGGGCCCUGAUGUUCUCAAAGGAGGGCCACAAUCGUUGGAACCGGCAGAGACGAAAGACGGAUUAGAGCUGAAACGAGCUACUUCAAACCCAGCUCUGGACGUUUCGUCGCAUGAAGCUUCCAAAACAUGGAAACCUGGGGCAUCCAGGGAAGCGGAACUUUUUGGGGGCGGCAAAGAGCAAGGGCCGAGUAGACCCCUUACAAACAGAGCUGCCGAUUACAGUUCUGACUCCUCGAAAGGAGCAGAAGCACGGCGUGGCAUGGCGGGAAUUGCGCGUGAUGGAGAAUCUGCGCUUCCAGAACGGGGUCAGAAAGGCAGGACGUGGGAGGCCCCCGUUGUGAUCAUAGACACGAGUGUCGAGCGUGGCAGGACUGAGAGAGCGGCCGAAGUGUGGCACAGAGUCUGGGACGCGUGGGGCCAGGCACCGGAAGAGCCGCCGGAUCGAGCGGAAGAGGAGGCGAAGCGUGCUGCCGCGGUUGCUGCUACUGCGGACAGCAUCCUUCACGCUCUAGAUCUGCGGACUCGCCGAGCCCUUUCUUCGGCUAUGCUAGAUGCGGACAAGACCGGACGGCACGUGAUUGUCGAUAAGAAGACCUUAGCCCAGCCUCUCAACCGAAGAAGGGCAGCUUCUGAAGUCUGCUGCACAAGCUGCUCUCCACUCAACUGCGGGAGCGUGGGCCUGAAUGGCCUGAAGCGAGCUGCCCUCAGGCGUCAUCGUUCGGGGCCUGCAUCUCCAAGGGAACUUGUGACUGAACCUGAUGAAACAAGUGGAGGUGCGAUGGCCACCCAAGAGGAUCAGUGCACCCAGAAUCCUGCUGGUCUUCAUCAAAGACACAGGGCCAGCCUCCAACGAAAUGAAGAGGAACAGACUGAUCAAGAAAUCAGACAGUCUUCCGCCGAGGGUCAAGAAGGUCCACCAGCGAAAGAGUCUAGAAAUGUGGAGUCGGCAUUGGGCCCGACUUUGAGCAAGGGACAGUUGAUGCCAGAUGGGAGGCAGAGGAGAAGAAAAGGGAGCAGAAGUAGGAAACGAGGGCAAUACAAAACAGAAACUGAUACGAAUCGCGGCAACAGAGCAGAUGACCAAGAAGGCACCCGGACCAAGGAUCGUGGAAAUACAGAAAGUCAGAAGGAGACUCUCAAGUCUUUUGCAUCAGAUAGUGAGGCUAACUUAACAGUGCAUAGUCGGGACAGGCACGCCAGCAGUAUUCUCUCUUCUCCAACUGAGUGGGAUCCAGAAGGGCCAAAGGAUGUGCGACCUUACCGGCGUUACUUCGAGUCAAAGCAAGAUGAAUCUGCUCCUAGCACUAAGAGCGUCUUCGAGGUCCAAGGCUUUGCAGGCGCUCACGGGGCUACACCACCAGCCUCCUCUGACCGAUUCUUGCAGAGGGCUGGGAAGCUACUGGACAGGGUCUUCCCAGUCAUGCACCCCCUGUCUCAUUUCAUGGCUAUCGAGAACCUGAUCUUCGGCCUGCUCGUGCUGUACUCUCUGUUCUCGGUAACCUACCAGAUCGGGUUUGAUCAGACACCACAAAAGGCAUGGCUAUACUUUGAGACAGCGGUGGAUGCGAUGUACUAUGUCGAUUGCGUGAUCCAAUUUCGGGUCGGGUAUUUCUCUGGCACCAAGUUGCCUGCCAGCGCUCAGAAACGCAUGAUUGAACUCGGGGGUGCCAUUCCCAACACCGUUAUGGACGGGCGAAGGGUUGCGUGGCACUACUUUACGCACUGGUUCUUUGUAGACUUCGCCUCCAGCUUUCCUUUCGACAUCGUCUUCGCAUACAUCAAACCUAACCGUCCUUGGAGCUUGCAAUUCUUCAUGCUGCUGAAGUUGCUACGAUUGCCGCGCUUCUGGCGAGCACGGAGCCAGCUCAGAAGGUUCUUCAGCCAGAGCCAAGACGAGAUUAUUUCCCUGUUCACCACCAUAAUCUUCAUCUUCUUUUACUGCCACCUGUCCGGGUGCGUCUUCUGGUACAUAGUCCAGCAUGAGCACACUCCCAACAACUUCGCCGAGCUUGCUACCUGGGACGACAACGGAGUCGACAGGCCGCUCCAAGUGGCGCCUCCGGAAAUCACCUACCUCGCCGUGCUCUACUUCCUCGUCGUUUCGUUUGCCUCUGUCGGGUACGGCGACCUCCACCCCUCAGGCGCAGCCCCAGAGCGCAUUUGGGCCAUUUUCAACGGCGCCAUCUCUGCGAUCUGCCUGGGUUACGUGGUCGGUAAGAUCACGUCGCUCGUCUUCACGCGGUCUGAGAGACGGAUGCAGCUGAGGGAGCGCUUCGACGUCUUACACAGGGUGGUAGAACGCGAGAAGCUGCCAGAGAUGCUCGCAGUACGGAUGACGCAGCAGCUUGCUACCAUCUGGGAGAGCAAGAUUUACCGGUACAACGAAGAGGAGAUGUUCAACGAGCUACCGCCUCAUCUGCGCGCGGAGUUCUUGGCAACGUGGUGGAUCCGACACAUAAAGCCCAGCGCUUUAUUCCCACACUACUUCCCCUACCUGCGAGCCAUUUUGAGCCAGGCUAAUCGCCAGCUGAGCCCUCCCGGCGAUUACGUGGUUCGGGAAGGGCAGAUCAGUCGGAGCCUCUACGUCGUCUGGAAAGGGCACCUUGUCAUCUCCUCGUCGCGUGCCGUCGAAAGCCACGAGCCAAACGAGGACCUGUGCAAUGACCCAGAGGGGGAUUGGAAGAACGGCGGGUUCCGCUCGGCGCCUAGACAAGGCAGACGACGGAGUUGGACGAAAGAGAAGGCCAGCCAGAUCAAGGAAUGGUUCACAAGGACUAAGCACCGAGGCGACGACUUCAGCGUCAGCAGCGAUGCCACCGACGUCUCCAGCGCUGACGACUGGGACUCCACCGACAGCGAGACGGCAGAGCGGGGCGACCACCGCAGUAAGCGCCACUGGGAGGUGGGCGCCGGGACGAUCAUCGGGGAGCGCGCGCUGAUGAACGAGCUGGCGCGGCGCAUGCGCGAGCGCGGGCCCGACUGGGAACGAAUCAGAGUCUCGAGCAUCAAUAUGGACGUGACGGCAAGAUCUAUUGACGAGACGUACAUCCUUCGGAUCCUGAUCGACGACCUUAUCAUCGACGACUUUCCACCCCUCCUUGAAGACCUGAUGGAGGCCCUCAAGCAUUACGAGUACACGCCUCCCGGAGUGAAGAACAGAGACACGUAGUAGAGCGGACCCUUCCUAUUAGAAUGCAGCCGCUAAUCGAUAGGUUUUGCGUCAUUUGGUACGUCUUGCUUAUGAUUCUGUUGUUGCACUUGUUAAUCCAGCCAACGUUUCUACCUCCAGGUCUAUAAUCUUGACGAAGACCUACCGAUAGAACCCAUCAAACCUUUUAGCGAGCUGGUGUUCAGAGUGGACUGACGAGGGUAUAGGACUGGCACGCGAUAUCCGGAUUAAGGUAGAUUCAAUCUGAGCAAAUGUAUCUGCGCAAUUGCGCAGGAGCCUGGCCUUACUGGUCACUUCAAGGAAGCUUUGACGGUCACCGCCAUAACGAACAGCGAGCACAUCAUGCCGCGUACCUUGAUC